GGCGGCCGCAGCAUGAAGGUGAAGGUGAUCCCGGUGCUGGAGGACAACUACAUGUACCUGCUCAUCGAGGAGCGCUCGCGCGACGCCGUGGCCGUGGACGCCGCCGUGCCCAAGCGGCUCCUGGACAUCGUGCGCAGGGAGGCGGUGGAGCUGCGCGCCCUGCUGACCACCCACCACCACUGGGACCACGCCAGGGGCAACGAGGAGCUGGCCAGACUCUGCCCCGGCCUGCGUGUGUUCGGCGCUGAUGAGCGCAUCGGCGGCCUCACGCACCCGGUGACGCACGGCCAGGAGCUGGCGUUCGGGAGCAUCCGCGUGCGCUGCCUCCGGACGCCCGGCCACACGUCGGGCCACGUCUGCUACUUCGCGUGGGAGGACGAGUCGCCGGACGCGCCGGCUCUGUUCUCGGGCGACGCGCUGCUCGUGGGCGGCUGCGGGCGGCUCUGCGAGGGCUCCGCCGAGCAGAUGCUCAGCAGCCUCACGGGCGUCCUGCCCGCGCUGCCCAGGGACACGAAGGUUUUCUGCGGCCACGAGUGCACCGUGCGCAACCUCAAGUUCGCCCUCAAAGUGGAGCCCGACAACGAGGCGGCGAAGCAGAAGCUGGCGUGGGCCAAGCGCCGGGACGACGACGACGUGCCCACGGUGCCCUCCACGCUGCACGAGGAGUUCCUCUACAACCCCUUCCUGCGCCUCACCGAGGAGCCCGUGCAGAGGUUCACGGGCCACACGGAGCCGCUGGAGGUGCUGAGGAGCCUGCGCGCCGAGCACGAGAGCUUCAGGAGGGCCAAGGAGCGGCCGCCGCCGCAGGCCACGCUCGCGCUGCAGUGGGGGCUCUUCGGGCCCUUGCUGGAGAAGAAGUGAGCGCGGGGCGGCUGCUGCCGCCAGGAUCCGGCCUCAGCCGGGUCCCCUGAGGCUCCCGCCUUGCCCUGGGGAGCGGUUUCCGUCCUGAACGCGCUCGCGUGGCUCCUGCUCGGCGCUGCUCCCUUCCCUCCCUCGGGGUCGGGCCCCUGGCUGCGGAGCGGGACAAGGGCAGGGAGGCCCGAGG